AUGGCUAAGGAUGCUACAGGGAAUAUCACAGGUUGGGGUGUGGAGAGACAAGCUCUUGGGAAAGGGAGAGACAAGCUCUCAUGUUAUUGCUCUCAUGUUAUUGCUACAGGGAAUGCUCCCUUCCUCUUCCUCACAUGGCUUUCUCUCAAACUUCAGCACAACAAUUCCCGCUUUUCACCUCCAACUUUAGCUCGUGCCCAGCGGACUUUGAAUCACCAUGACAAUGAGGACGAUGCUAAGGCUGAGUUUGACGGAGGAGUAUGUUUGUUUACAGGUGGAGCUGUGACUUGUGCUUCACUUCAUCUUGGGGAAAUUCGACCUGGUGCUUUAAGGGGAAAUCACAGACAUCAUACUCGUAAUGAGACACUUGUCAUUUGGGGUGCUAAAACAAAAUAUAGGUUGGAGAACAGCCAAGUAGUUGGUGAAGGUUAUGCUGAAGUGAUAAUUGAUGCAGACGAGGUUGCUGUUGCAGCUAGCCCAAGCGGAACUGCCCAUGCUUUAGUGACUACUGUACUAGGGCAUUCCAAGGUUAAUAUAAGUUUCAAGAUAAGAAGUUGUUGUCUCUGUAUAUAUGUUACUAAGUUGCCAUUGAGUUUAUUAUUAGCAAUCAGGGUUUGAUUUCUUCGAGUUCCAUCACCGAUCAUGA